UUCAUGGAAUUACAAGACACAAGAUAUAUUCAUUCCGCAGGUGAAUGCCGAAAUGUCAAAACACCUCUUGGUAGCAGCGAUCGAUUUCGGGGCAACGUACUCUAGCUGGGCAUUCUCAUUCAAGCAUGAGUAUGACAGCGACCCAACGUCAGUUUCCGCCAAGCAAUGGCAAGGACGCGAGUCUCAAAAAGGCCCAACUUCUGUCCUGAUCAAUCCCGAUGGGAAAACAUUGGAUUCGUUCGGUUUUGAUGCUGAAUCCAAAUACGCAGAUCUUAUUGAAAAAGAAGAACAUAAUGACUGGUAUUUUUUCAGGAGGUUCAAAAUGAAGUUAUGGAAUCAGAAACUCAUUCGUAAUUCGUUAUUGGAAGAUGAAAAUGGUCGGAAAUUAAUGGCAAGGACCGUUUUUGCGUUGUCCAUAAAGUUCCUGAAGGAUGAUUUAUGGGAUGUGGCCAAUGACCGAAUAGCGGACGCAGUUUUACAAAAAGAAAUACACUGGGUUUUGACUGUCCCAGCCAUAUGGGACAAUGCGGCAAAACAGUUUAUGCGGGAAGCUGCCGAAGAGGCGGGGAUAAAAUUGGAUAUGCUGUCUAUUGUACUUGAGCCGGAAGCUGCUUCACUUUUCUGUCGACAUCUUCCGGUUGAUCCGAGAUCAACUCUCUUGGAAUCGUUGCGAGCAGGAAAACAGUAUCUUGUACUUGAUGCUGGAGGUGAAACUGUCGACAUAACGGUUCACGAAGUUACGCCAUCCGGUGACGUCAAAGAGCUGUAUAAGGCGAGUGGUGGCGCUUGGGGUGGGACAAAAGUUGAUGAUUCUUUUGAGGAAUUCUUAGCUUGUUUGACAGAUAAAACUGUCGUCAACAAAUUCAAAGAUUACCACUUGGAUGAUUACCAAGAUCUUCUUCGACGAUUUGAGGUGAAAAAAAGAAACAUUGACCCGGACAAGGAUUCAAAAGUCUUCAUAAGCAUGCCGCUUUCCUUUUUCACAACUGUCAACGAACUUCUUAACAAAGAUUUCAAAGAAGUUGUUGACCAUUCAUCCUACUCGAAACUGGUGUCCCUAUCUGGAAACAGGCUGAAAAUGGACCCAGCAGUUGCUCGAAACUUCUUCAAAGAUUCGAUCGAUAGCACGAUAGAACAUGUGAAAGAUGUUUUGCAAAAACGAGAAAACAGAGGCGUAGAAGAAAUAUUGAUGGUUGGUGGGUUUUCUGAGUCGAAAAUGCUUAACAAGGCAGUGAAACAAGCUUUUCCUGGAUUAAAGAUGAUUGUUCCUAAUGAAGCUGGUCUGGCAGUUCUUAAGGGGGCCGUGGUGUUUGGACAUGAGACGAAAGGAAUUACCGAGCGAAUAAGCAAAUAUACGUAUGGAAUUACAAAGGCUUCUCGUUUCGACUCUAGCAAACACCCCGAAUCAGCAAAGUUCACUGACACUCAAGGAGUUGAUAGAUGUAAGAAUUUCUUUGAUAAACAUAUUAUUGCGGGACAGUCGCUGAAAGUCGGAGAGGCCCAGUCUGUAAAAGAAUACUUCACAACACCAAUCCACACGUCAACUUUUACAAUUACGGUAUACGCAACAAAAAGUAAAACUCCAAUACUAGUUGAUGAUCCAGGAUGCAGACAGGUUGGUAAAUACAUCAUUCCAAUGGCUGGUACCGGAGCUGGGCGCGUGGUUUUAGUAAGAAUGAUAUUUCGUGGCACGGAAAUAGACGUCGAAUGUACCGAGAUAGCCACUGGCAAUGUAUCGCAUAUCAAUAUUGACUUUUUGUCGUAGAUAUGUAUGACGAUGAGCUUGUGAUGCUCAGUGUACGUUUACAUUGAUAUGCACUAUUGUAUCACGUUUUCAAGAUCUGUUGCAAAAAUUACAAUACUUAUAAGAUUAAAUUAUAGUGAGUCCCAGUUUAAUUUUGCUUAAAAACAAUACAGUGAGUAAGCAAACUAUUAAGUGGGUUCCAGGUAAACAAUUCAACUUUAUUCCAAACAUCUGUACUAUUUUACAAGCUGCGUGUUGAAAUAUUUGGUUCCCAAUUUUUAAUAAGGCAUAUUUGUGCUCAUGAAAGAUUCGUAGAUUAGAAGUUAUUAUAUUUCCACUGAACUCAAACUACAUUGUAAAUAUUUGAUUGUAUUUUCCUAAUUUGCCUGUCAUAAUUUAUUUUUUAUAUACUAUGCUUAUGAUGUAGUCGGCGCAGUUCUCAUUCAAUGCACUGGCAAUGUCUGCUUUUUCGUUAAACCUGAGCAUGUAUGUAUGUUUAUCUUAAUGUUAUGUUUGUAUGUGGUGGUUUAUCUUAUUUGUUUUAUUUCUAUUUGCCAGUGAAGCACUUUUUAGAAGCGUCAGUGUUUGUUUUUUUUUCCGCAAUGCCUGUAAGCAGUAAAACCAUAAAAUAAUUAGAUUG